AUUGACCUUUGGAGUUAACCAAAAGCUGUGUGAAAACUGAUUUUGCUCCUGUCAACUAUUUGAGCUAUGAAAUUAAUUAUAGACACAGACGCUGGAUGCGAUGACGCGGCGGCCAUCCUAUUAGCACUUUCACACAAGGAUGUCGAAAUUGUUGCAAUUACUACUGUACAUGGAAACACCAAUGCAAGACAAGUUGGAAAAAACGUAUUGAGAAUCCUAGAUCUCGCAAAUAGAUUGGAUAUUCCUGUAUAUUCUGGUUGCGAAAAUUCUCUUAUAGGCGAUAAUGUACAUGCAGCUUCUUAUCAUGGUAAAGAUGGUCUUGGUGAUGUUCCAGACGAAAAUCAAGUUCCUGAAACCCUUUUGAAAGAUAAGCAUGCUUCAGUCGCCUUGGUUGAAUAUGCUAAGAAAUAUGCUGGAGAAAUAAGCCUGAUUUGUAUGGCUCCCCUAACCAAUAUUGCUGUGGCAAUGAACUUGAGCCCCAACUUUGACAAAAAUAUUAAAGACGUUUUCAUUAUGGGUGGUAAUAUCUAUGGUCAGGGUAAUGCUACGAUUAUGGGAGAAUUUAACUUCGUAGCAGAUCCAGAAGCGGCAUAUACCGUUCUAAAUGGGCUUAAUCGACAUAAUUUGACAAUUUGUCCUUGGGAAUUAUGCCUGAAAAGUUAUCUAUCAUGGGACUGGUAUCGUAAGUAUUCCGAAAAGGGAACAAAGAAAUCUGCCUUUAUGAAAAAAGUGGAGAAAGUAGGGAUUUCUAACGAUCCAGAAGAAACCAAUUUUAAGGGAUAUGUGACUGCAGAUCAAACUAUAAUGGCAGUUGCUUUAAAUCCAAAAGUUGUAAAAAAAGAUGCUUUUGCCCAUUGCUCUAUUGAACUUUCGGGCAAGUACUGCCGAGGUCAAAUGAUAGUGGAUUGGAGAAAUGUUCAAGGCAAAACUAAUCCGAAAUUUCGAAUAAUAGAAGAGUUAGAUUUAGAUAUUUUUUCCGAUAUGCUAGAGGCAAGCGUAUUGUAA